CAGAUUCGCUUUUGUACGCGACGCCACGACCCGACGUCUCUCUCUCUCUCUCUCUCUCUCUGUGUCUGUGAAAACAAAAAACACUCUUAAAAAUUCCAUCUUUUCUUUUCUAAUUUAAUAUCUCUAGAAACUAGUUUUUGUUGGUUUCUUUCUUUUUAAAUAAUUUGGUUUUGGUCUGCAAGAUUAUUCCGUUUUCGGAUUCUACUUGGAUCCCAUAUGCGUCCUUGAGAAGCCCCAUUCGUUACCCAAUCCCCCUUGUUCGGUUCUAUCUAUGCUUUGGACCUCCACCUGCUCCUUCUUAUAAUCUCUCUCAUACAUAAAUACAUUCACACCCGCAUUUCUCUAGCUCUGAUCUUAACCCAAAAAGGAAGAUAAAGACACAGGCUUUGAAAAUUCCAGGAAGAAAAAAAGAAAAAAAAGUUAGCUAUGGAGUCUACAGAGAAAAUGCAGGCUUCAAGGUUGGGUUUCCGUGACUAUGUCAAGGCCUUAGAGGAAGAGAGGCAUAAGAUUCAAGUUUUUCAGCGUGAGCUCCCUCUCUGCUUGGAGCUUGUCACUCAAGCUAUUGAGAGGUGUAAGCAACAGCUUUCGGAUACAACCACAGACUACAUGCAUGGACAAUCUGAGUGCUCGGAACAAACUUCAAGUGAGGGGCAUGUGUUUGAGGAAUUCAUUCCCUUGAAAAGGAUUUCCUCUUCUGAUAGUGAUGAUGAUGAGGUGCAAGAGUCUCAGGAGCCCAAGACCAAUGACAAGGAUAAGACUAAUGGUGACAAGAAAAAAUCAGACUGGCUUAGAUCUGCUCAGCUCUGGAAUACAACCCCAGAUCCACCUCUUAAAGAGGAAUUGCCUAGAAAGGCCUUAGUGAUGGAGGUCAAAAGAAAUGGGGGUGCUUUUCAGCCUUUCCAAAGGGAGAAAAGCGUUGGAAAGACUAAUGGGCCAGUGGCUAAAGUGCCUGCUUCUGCUCCGGCUACUAGUUCAACCACAGACACCGUCAGUGGAGGCAGUGGUGAAAGCCGCAAGAAAGAAGAAAAAGAUGGACAGGGUCAGAGGAAACAAAGGCGGAACUGGUCACCGGAGUUGCAUCGCCGGUUCUUGCAUGCUCUUCAACAGCUUGGUGGUUCACAUGCUGCUACACCCAAGCAAAUUAGAGAGUUAAUGAAGGUUGAUGGGCUCACAAACGAUGAAGUCAAAAGCCAUUUACAGAAAUAUCGUUUGCACACUCGAAGACCAACUCCAACAAUGCACAACAACAACAACAGCAACAGCAACACACAAGCACCACAGUUUCUGGUUGUGGGAGGUAUCUGGGUGCCACCCCAGGACUAUGCAGCAGUAGCAGCAACCACAGCUUCAGGGGAGGCCGCCAGGGUUGCUGCAGCCAAUGGAAUAUAUGCACCUGUGGCUACAUCUCCUUCUACCGUCACACCAGUGUCACCACCAUCCCUAAUGCAAAGACCGCGACCGAAGAGACCUGAGUCCUCUCAUUCAGAUGAGAGGGUCAGCCACAGCGAAGGCCGCGGUCAUUGCAAUUCUACUGCUACAUCAUCCUCCACUCACACCACUGCUUCCCCUGUGUUAUAAACUUUUUUAACAUGAGAAUGAUGUAAAAAUUUUGUAACCAUCGUUUUAGAAAGUCCUUUCUGAUUACCACACCAAUAUUCUGACCUUUUCCCUGUUUUGUUUUGCCCUCCUGUCGUUUAUGAGCUAUAAGAUGUAGAGGUGUGUGCUGGAUACGAGGGACAGUGACAGUAAAGUUUUGAAGUUGAAUAAAUUACAUACAGAAUUUGGAAGCAGAACAAAAAA